AUGGAGUCAGAAAAUCGAUUACGUCUACUAGUAUCUACAGGACACUUUUCCCCAGUAUAUAAUCGUUUAUUGGAUGUAGUUCCGACUAGACGUGCUACUAUUGUUGCUGUAAUUAUGACCAGUGCUGCUAUGAUUGCUUCAGUAUUCUUUCAUAAUUAUUGGGCAUUUUUCAUAACAUAUACAUUACUUGGAGGUAUUGGAAUGGGUGUCAGUGUUGUUCGUGUCAUUGCUAUCAUGGCUGGUUACUUUGAUCGGUAUAGAAUUUUAGCUUUGGCUAUAUGCAGUAGCGGUGGUGGUUUUGGAACAUUAGUCUAUGCUCUACUAUGCAAUUAUAUGAUUGAAUCUUAUACUUGGCGUAUGGCUAUCAUUGCAUUAGCUUUAUUCCAUUUGAAUGUGAUCCCGUUAAGUUUAUUACACAAACCAUUACCGGUUGAACCAAUUCCAGAACCGACUAUUUUAUUGCCUAAUGAUCCGAUAGCAUCUACAAUUUGUUUGAAAUCUGUUACAGGUCUACCAAAUAUUUAUGAAUCAUUUAUAAGUACAACCGGUGGCAGUAUCCUAUUAACUAAUAGUAUUGAUAAUAUUGCACAAAGAAAUAAAUCAGACACAAUACAUUGCAGAAUUACUGCACAAGAUAUAAUUGGUGUAGUGGAGUUCAUUAAAGUUACUUAUGAUAAAACUAAUUCAAAUCAAAUUACUAUAAGUCCAAUCACUUUUAUCAAUGAUCCACAACCACAUAUAAUAGAACGUAUACAAACAAUUGUUGAUGAUUAUUUUGAUAAUGCAGAGAAUACUACUCGUGAAACUACGUUAAACAAUGUUGAUGUGAAUUUAUUCAUUCCAAUGAUAUUUCUAGUUUUGGAUCAAUUGACUGAAUUUAAAACUGCCACCAAUCUAUCAGAAUCACAAAUUCUAGUUGAUAGUCAUUUAACUGGUAUUGAUAAAUUAUUCACUGAUCCUACUACUCAUAAUAUUACAUCAACUACAUUGACUAAUAAUGUACAAGCAAGUACAGAACAAAUACCUAGUGAAAAUAAAUCCUUAUCUACAACUACAACUACACCAGCAGCUGUAUCAGCAGGCACAGCUAAUAUCAAAUCAAAAACAACAUUGUUUGGUGAUGCAUUUAGUUCAAGUAUAAUUCAAGCUCAAGAUAGUAAAUACACUAAAAAUCUAAUACGUACAGUUAUUCAACGUGCCCUCAUUAAAGUCGAAGAAAUUUCAAACGAGUUAAUUUCAAAGAAUAUUUCAGUUCAUUCAAAACCACUGAUAGUGAUUGUGCAGGAAAAACAUAUUGAUUCGAUGAAUGCAAAUUUUCAAUCAGAUGAUCGUUCUUAUGCUUUGAAAUACACUAAACCUACUGAAGAUACAAUUUUCGAGGAAAAUGAAGUUGAAUAUCAAACAAGCGACAAUGAAAACUAUGACACUACACCAUAUACUAAAGAGUCAGAAUAUAACUCUUCACAAAAUAAAAUCAUUUCAUCUGGACAUCAUUUAACGAAUUCACAUUUGAACUUGCAUCAUUCAAAAGUUCCUUAUGGGUCUCGAGGAUAUAUUGAUCAAUUGAUACGUAGUGGAAGUACCAUUUAUCAAAGUCAAGCUAUGAUGGUACCAUUUUACAAAUGUAAAGAUUUACCUAACAGAACUAGACUUUUAUCGAUAACUUCAGUGGAUGGACCUGAACAAGCUGUUGACUUAUUAGUUUCUAAAAUAAAUGAUGAAGAGGUUGAACAGUGUUCAAUUGAUGAUCGAAUAAACAAACGAAAAAUGACAUUCAUCAAUUUGAAAAAUAUUCUUUUUCUUAGUUUCCUCAUCAAUCGUUCAUUAAGUUAUAUUGCUGAUUCCAUUCUAUAUGGUCAUUUUAUUAAUUUCGGCAUAAGUAGUGGAUUGAAAGAAGAACAAGCCAAUAGUUUACUUGCUUAUGUUGGAAUAUCAAAUAUGCUUGGCAGAAUAGCCAUUGGACUUUGUGGACAAUUUUCAACUAGACUAGAUAUUCGUUUACUUUCAGCAAUUUGUUUACUCAUUAUAUCAAUGCACACCAUUGUUAUGCCAUUCUAUCCAACUUAUUCAGCUUUAAUUGCCUACGGCAUAUCUUAUAGUAUUUUUGUUGGACCAAGUUUUGCAUUUUCACAUGCAAUGGUUAUCAAUAUAAUGGGUGAUAAAAAGAUUGACAGAAGUUUAUCACUGGUUUUAUUUUUCGAAGCAACUGGUUAUUUAAUUGGUGGUCCAUUAGGAGGUGUAAUCAAAGAUCAAACUGAAAAUUAUACAUAUACAUUUUUAUUCGCUGGAAUAUGCAAUACAAUUUCAGCUAUUAUCAUAACUGUACAUGCACUCAUCAACUUCAAUAUAUUCGGAAGAAUGAAACAAUGUUUGUGCAAGCAUAAUGUGUGACUGUUGUCGCUAUGUAACGAAUAAAAAGACAAAAUGAUACUUACUACUAAAUAAGCUAUUUAGUAGUCUGUUAGAAUAUUUACAAAUAUUAACUAACCACUUCAAAGAGAGAAUUUUUAUAUUGUUUUAUCAAUUUCAUUAUUUUUCAAUACACCGGUUAUUGUUCACUUAGAAAUAUAUUAUGAACAUUUUGUACACUAGAGUUGUCGAUAAGUUUUUUGAGUGUUUUACAGGUUUGAAGUGUACUGCUUAGAUUUUAGAAGGUUUCAAUUGUGUCUAGGUUUCUUGAAUAUUUUUGUAAAAACCACUGUCUUGUCGGAUACAUUUAUAAUUGUUAUUUAUUGAACUGAACUUCUAAUACUGAAUGAAGUGAUUAUUAUUAUCCCUAUUACCAAGAGAUAAAAGUUAUUCGCAUUCAUUUACUACAAACUAUUUGAAUGUCAUAAAAUCUGUACAAUUGUAAUAAAAUAUUCAUUAAUGUUGUAAUA